ACCCCACAUCGUGCUUUUAAAACUCUGCUUUCCAUCGCUCAUGUAUAGUUUCCCUCGAGUGUAUAUUUCAAAGUGUAAAGUCUCUUGUUCCCUUUACUCUUCCAUCCUGUUGAAGCAAGUAUCGCCACGGACGGCUCCUGUCAUCUUCAUUGCUAGCGCAAAAGAUUACCCUCACAUUGUUUGUUUGGGAUAGACCUUCUACUACGGCCCCCUGGUCGUGACACGCAAAAUGGCUGUCGAACCAGGACACCGGUCGAGCUUGCAAGUACUGCAAACUGGCGAUAUAGGCUCAUUUAUGAACCCCAGGAGUUCGACGCCACAACGACCUCUCUCCAACGUAACGGAGAUUUUCGACACUGACUAUGAUGAAGACUACGUCGAGCUCUACGCUGCUGAUUCCCCACGGGGAAGUCUGGCAACAAAGAGUAUCUCAACUGUGUCUACAGAGGAGGUCCAGACUCCCGGUUCCACAGGACUAGAUCAGUUUCAGUUCCACUUUGAUGAAAAGCCCGUCAUGGGCCCGGUCGGGCCACAUCUCUUCCGAUCUUCGCUGGAUGGCUCGGAUAUCAAGUCAUCUUUCGAGGUAGACUUUAUCCUCGAGGACUCCUCCCCAGUCAGCCCUGCCGUUGGUCUUGGGCCGUCUACAUCAGCAGUCGAAGCAGCCCGGAAUCAAAUAUCACUGCGGAAUGAGUAUUCCAGGCAACCCACGAUAUCGCAACCUGCGAUUGAAUCACAUGAAACGGAUGUUGGGAGCUGGACUCCCACAGACGUUGUGAAAUGGCUGCAGGACUCCGACUUCGAUGAGAGCAUUGUUGAAAAGUUCUUCAUCAAUGACAUCUCUGGUGCAAUUCUGCUUGAGCUUCAAGCGGAGGACCUGAAAGAACUAGAGAUCCAUUCAUUCGGUAAGAGACGCCGUCUGAUGAACUCUAUCCAACAGCUCCGAAAUGGCGAGGCCCAGGAAAACAGCGUCUCGCGACAGUCCCCGCCAGAGUCGUCGAGGAGCAGUUCUCAGCCUGCAUCUCACCACUCCUCUACACCUCCACGCCAAGAGUACAACGGUUCCCCGUCGUCGGACGACAAGAAUGCCGACACUCCAACCAGGGAGCGCCGACGAAAGCAUCGUCACCACCGUCGCAACACGGAGGAUGUGCGCCCUGGUGAGUCGGCGUCUAUAGUUGCCAUUGAGCAGUUACUCCCGAAGAUUCACAGCUGCUCUAAGGGCAGAGACUGUCCCAAAUGGCAGAGGCAGCAGCGCAAGCUCGCUCGUCUGGCUCAAGACCUACCUAUUGAGUCUCUCGAGUCUCUCUCUGGCGGCAGCAUCCUCACUGGUGACCCAGGGAAUCCCGCUACAGCACCGAACCUCGUCCGCCAAAGCAAGUCGGAUAUGUCACCGUCUAUUGUCGCAUCGUCCGAUGUGCUUGGGCCUAACACUCCUGAGUUCCAAAUAUCAGAGCAGAAGCUCAGUGAAGUCCAAAAGCGGGAUCCCCAGGAGAAUGUGCGCCAGUUCCUCAACUUUCAGCAUCUGAACCGACUGCAACCAGUCAACAACCCUGCGAGCCCCCCUGAAGAAGCGUUUGCGUCUCCAGUUGCAGACUCGCCAGAUUCCGUCAAGACAAAUGUCACUCUGACUGAGAACCUGCGUAAUCUUCCGAAACUGAGGAUCCCAUCAAUGAACGGAAACCCGGCACCUGGGAGCUUCUCUGCGACGCUCUCAGCACAACGCACUAUUACCCCUUCCGUAUUGCACAAGAGACGUCCAUUCUCACCUCAGGGAGCCACUCCAGUCUCUCAUAACCAACCUACCUAUGGCUCGAUGAUGUCGCCUUCAGAGUACUACCGUCAGGAGUCUGUAUAUCGGCAGGGUACUCCAUUCUCAGAGAUGGACGUCCCCAUCACUGCUGUGCCUAUUGGCCCUAUACCCCGCCAGGAGUCUCAGUCUGUGCCGCCCGACAUGCGUUUCGGCUCUGACUUCAUGCCCAGACAUGAUCCUAUUCAGCGACCAUCGUCAACUAAGGUUGACAACCAUCGCAGGAAUACUUCCCAGAAUGUCCCCACCCUCGACCGUCUGGAUGAAACCGAUGUGUAUGACCCCAUCGAGACCCCAGAAGAUCUCAGCCGUACUCCUCGAGCAACGAAUCAUGGUAGAAGCCCAUUCACAUAUGCUCCACGCAAUGCCAACGAUGUCACCCAUAGCGGCUGGAUGAAGAAGCGCAAGACGACGCGUCUCCUGCGCCACGAGUGGGAAGACCACCACUUCGUACUGAAGGGCACUCAGCUCUCCAUGUAUGCCGAUGAGCGGGCCUCUCGGCGUGACUCCAAAGCCCUAGAGUAUAUCGACGUGGACGACUAUGCUGUUGCUUGCUCCUCGCUUGCAUCCAGCUCCAAGCUGACCGCUGCUUUCAAGAAGACCGUGUUGAAACGUAGGGAAAACACGAUCGAUGAAGCCGCGUUUGCUUUCUCCCUGAUUCCUUCCACCAACAACACUGCCACGGUGGAUCGCAAGGCGAUCUUCACUAACGGCAAAUCUCACCACUUCGCAGUGAAGACAAGAGAUGAGCGGAUCGACUGGAUGCGAGAGCUCAUGCUGGCCAAGGCUCUCAAACGUGGAAAGGAAGACGGUGACUCCAUCCAGGUCAAUGGCAACAAUGUUUGAUUCUUAUUUUUCCUUAUUUACGUUGUUACGACGAUACGAUACCAAUAUACCCUCACGAAUCUCAUUAUAUCUGAUCUGCAACUGAACAUAUUUGUUUUAUCAUUGAUUCCAUAUCUGACACUUUCCAUUACACAGCCACUUAUUUCCGGGUAAAAUUGGGACUGGCGGGCCUCCCUCCCUGAGCGCUCUUUUGGUUUACUACAUAUGUAUUCUUGUAUCUUGGAGGGAAACUGGUCUUUAUCUAGAUAUAUUACCAGACGGUAGCAAUACCGAAUUAUGAACGCCAGGGUGCGACUGAAUAUCAGCAGAG